GGAACAAUACGAUACAGAAAGUCUCGCCAUUUUGCCUUUUGGUUGUCAGUGGUUGUGUUUUGUGUUUAAAGGUUUAAGUGAAAGUUCUCUUGUCUUCAUGAAAAAUGCUACGUUUUUUCACGUGAACAGUAUGGAUAGAUAACAUGAUAAAUUCCAAUUUGCGAUGUAUCGCUCAACUGUACGUCGUAAUGGCGUAACAUUAAGUUUUUGUGUACAGUGUUGAAUGUUGCUCAGUUGUCUGCUAUCACCAUCUGCUUGGUGUUCCAAAAAGAAAAAUCUUCCUGGUUAAUUCGCCAUCCACUUGUACGCUUAUUGUGUAAAUAUCGUGUCAGUGAUAACCAUGAGUUCUAGAAACAUACCAACGGACAAGAUCAACCUGCGGUUGAUCCUGGUCAGCGGGAAGACGAAAGAGUUCCUGUUUAGCCCCAGCGAUUCUGCAGGGGACAUUGCGCAGACAGUAUUUGAUAAUUGGCCAGAAGAUUGGGCCGAGGAAGCUGUGGCAAAGGCAGAGAUUUUGCGACUUAUCUACCAGGGUCGCUUUUUACAUAGCAAUGUCACACUUGGAGCACUUGGUUUACCAUUUGGCAAGACCACUGUCAUGCAUCUGGUGCCACGAGAAAACCUGCCAGAACCAAAUUCACAAGACCAACGGCAGAAGAGCAAGGGUGGGGGGAGUACGUGCUGCUCUGCAUCAUGCUGUAUUCUGUAAUCAGUGCCAUGGGCACCAGUACAAGUGCACAGGAACCUGUAUCCAGUAUGAACUGAAGUAUCCCUGAAUGAAGAAGACAGUGGUCAUAGCUUGCAUAAAGUGGAAGCAUAGGAUAUGGUUCAAAGCAGGACUUAGUGUACUUAUAUUGGAUUGAUGUUAUGUUUUCGACUGCUCUGAGAUUAUUAUGCUUCUGAAGAUUACAGAUGUGCAAAUAAGCAGUGUGCUGGUACCACAGUGCAUUCAAAUGGCCCAUGAUGCAUUCAGAUGGCCCGUUAGUCCAAGACUGCCAAGCAGACAGGAAUAGGGGGGUUAUAUUGUGGAACUACCUGCCUGCCAUAAGUCUUGUUGUGAGAUUUUCAUAUUGUUGUGAUAUUCAGGUAGUUUAAAGAACUUUAAAUGUGUAUUUGGUCAUGCAGUCAAGGGGCUGAGGAGUAAAAUCUGGUUGUAGUUCCACUCCUCGUGGAGCUAUGAAAUUGUUUCAUUGUUCUUUGGAUUCAGUUACUUACUAGGAACAGUUUUAAUUUUUUUUAUUUUCAUCCUUGUUUUACACAUUUUUUUGAUGAAUUGUAUGUGUAUAAUAUUAUUUGACAUUUAUUGUGCUUGAAGAAAUUUUUUAAGAAAUGUUAAAAAUACUCUUAUAUUUUGUCUGUCCAUAGCUCUUAACACAGAUGUGUUUCUGCUCAUUUUGUCUGUGUGGUGAUAUCAACUGUGGGAUUAACUGGCCAAUUGACAAGUGUUCAUUAUUUAUGAAAUUGCUUUGACUGGAAAAUGUUAUAUUUCAUCACAUAAUAUUAAUGUAUACAUUCAGGUCUGUAGUUCCAGUGUCACAUCUGGCAUCAUUGAAUUCAUGGUAAAGUAUGAACAUUUUUAAAUUAAUUUGAUAUGUACACAGCAAUUGAAUCUAGAAAGAUCUUUUAUGUAAGUGAAAAAGUAAUUUAUUGUUAUUAAUUACUGAACUGAUUUAAUUGACACCAUUUCUAAAUAUUUUAAUGGCAGAGCACUAGGUAUUAGAAUUAGCUGUCAUAGCUCAACUUUAAAUGUCAAUGAUUGGCAAGCAUAUACAAAAUUGUGCAUUGUUUUUGGUGAACAUAAUUGCGCAAUUUGAAGACAUUUUGGGAAUAUGCUAUGCAUAGCUUACUUCAUUAUAUAAUGUUUAUUGUCACAAUAUACUGAAGCCUAGGUAUGGCACAGAAUGAAGUUCCCAGGAAAUCGCCCAGUUACUAUACCAGCAGUGUCCAGGUGGUCAGACUAGCAUUUGUUUAUUGUGUGAAUAAUGUUACAACAGGCUGAUCAGUUUGGUCUGUUUUCUUUUUCAUCCGGUGAAAAAGUCACGGCAAAUAAUGUGGCAGUAAUUUUUAAGUAGUGUAUAACUCCACUGAUAGGUUGAACUUCUGACGAGUGCUGAAAUAAAUUGGUAUGAUUUUUAAAGAAAGAAAAAUAAUGAGACAAAAUAGUGGCCUACUUCUGUGCAAAUUAAUAAAUCCAGUGUUAAAAUGUCCGUCGUAAAUAAGUAGAGAAAACUGUUGAAUGGAAAGUUGGUUUAUUAUAAAAAUGCAGUUCAUAAAUAUUAUAAAGAUAAAUACACUUAUAAUAUAUACAGAUAUAUUAUCAGUUAAACUGUGCUUUCAUCUGCAUGAUAUUUCCUCUUCUUCAUUGUCAUCAGGAAUUAAUAAUUUUGUAUAGAAUGAUGAAUUGAAUUUUUGACAUUUACUUUGUUCCUAGUAUCAACCACAGAUUAAUUCAGGUACCUUAAAAUUGUUCACAUGUGUUUAGUAUUAGCUGUUUGUGUCCAAGUGAAAUAAGUUGUUUUCUUCUAUUUCAUGCACCCCUCUCCAUUUCCUUCUUCACUACUCAGUGAAGUAUGUUAUUCCCUUGUCCCAUCCUGGCUAGCCUCAGGUGUACCAUAUUUGUUAUCAUCGGAAUCAAGUUUAGUAUGUGUGCCUGUUUGUUUGUGUCAGAGAGAGAGAGAGAGAGAGAGCUGAUUGAGAUGGGGGAGGAAUUGACCCAUGUUUAGUGACUGACUUCUCUGAGUCAUCCAUUAUGCAGAAGUUGUUCUGUAUGUGCUUGCUGUUCAGCAAUGAAACUGCGAAAUGAAUGUAAGCAUUUUCUUUUGUCAGAUGUCUAUUUACAUUCUCUAGUUUACUUGUACAUAUUAUAGUACUAAUGUAUUUUUGUUUCAUACCUGGUAUGUGAUUUCCUCCAAGAGAGGAUUUUACUCUGCAGAGAUUGAGUAGUAGUAGAGAAUAAAGUUCAGAUCACAAACAUGUUUUCUGUAUAUUUAGACAACAUUCUUCCAUAUUUUCCAUUUCUGUAUACCAUAUUUAUUUGCAUAAUUUACCUAAUUCAAAAAUUGCCACAUCUGAUUUAUGAGGAAGAAAUAAAGUAUUAUUUUUUAAAAAUAGAAUUGUGGUAGAUAGUGUUUAUUGUUGAGUAUUUACGUCAGGAGUCCUCAAAACAAUUUAACUUAACAGUGAAAUGUAAUUAAUGAGUCUGUUAUUGUUGCAUCAUUUGAUCCUAUAUCAUAAUACUGUAAUUCAUCAGUAAUGUUAGCAUACAAUUUUUCAGCUUUCCACUAAUAACCAAAACUUGUAAAAAUAUUCUUUUUAUCAUCUGGAAAGUCAAUAUGUGCUUCUAAUUUUUUGUUGAAAGUCUGAGAUAAACAGUUUUCCUGUUCUGUUAACAAUAAACUUAGGCCCAUUUCACACGAUACUUUUUUCCGACAUAUUGAAAUUGGUGGUCCAUAGGGAAGGCUGGUCUUUCACGUGUUGCAAUAGAAUGUUUUCUCACAAUAUGAUUUCUAAUGGAUGUCAGAUCAACAGUUCAUUGAAGAUUUCUGUCUUCUGGGUUGUUGUGCUGUGUAGUAUGGUAGAUGUUUACCAGCAUUUCAGAGGUCAUACUGCCUCCAUCAUCAGGGCGAUGAAUGUGCCAAUUGGGUGGGUGGGGCUAGGUGGACAGUGAAUGGAGUAGCCUGCCCCCAACCAAUGGGAGCAGGUGUCAAAUCAGGAGUGGGUGGGGACCAAUAGGAGUGCUGGGCAUGUGUGAGAGAGAGAAACAGUUCAUUGGUUUUAAUGGUACUGGGUGAAACUGUUUCAGUUGCAUUAAAGUGCCAUGAAAAGUUCUAAAUGUGUAACUUUUUUCUUCUUUAUUUUCAUGAAUAUUGUAAAACCAUUUUAUUGCAUAGAAUGUAUAAGGAGGGGUCAGUCAGCCAUAUUUCUGUGUAUGUAAAAAAGAACUCAAAAUCAUAGGUACUGGGUUAAGUUGAGUGAGACAUUUGUGUGGAAGUGCAGACAGGUGAAGUUAAGUGAUAUACAAGUUUCAUGUGGAAAUUCUUUCCACUGAUUAGUGAAAUUCAGCAUUAUUAAAUAUUGCCUGUCCAUGAGUGAGUGUUAGAAGAAGGGAUUUUGAAAUCAUUGUGUUUGCACUGUUCAUAAAUGAAUGAAAUACAAGCAUCUAUAUGGACAAUCGCAUACAGUGACAAUAACUCACUAAAAGAUUUUAAGGCCAUGUAGAUGUCUGGGAUUUGAACUUGUCAAAAGAGUUAAAUGUGUUGAAGUAACUAACACUGAUAGCUCAGUUGCAAAAUGUGGUUUCAAACUUGUUUUGAUUUGUGUCCCAGAAUUACAGGAUAUCCACUAGAUAAACAUAUUGUGUUGAAAGGUAUUUUUGGUUUUAUUGGUUGGUCUCUGUUAUUUCAUUAGUAUUGUGCCAUCAGAUUGUGAAUAAACAGUUGAUGCAGAGA